AUGUCGCAAAAUAAAAAAACCCCAAAAGAACAUCCUACCCACCUCUCCGCAAUAAUCACAUCUCUCCUCUCUGCAUUCGAAUCUACUCGACACCUCUAUCACCGCAUCAAGAACGAUACGCGUUCAAGCACCAAGAAGCUCAAUAAACGAAGCCCUUCGGCUGGUGAUGCAGCAGUGACUACGCCACAAACACGCGAGGAACGGGAAUUACAGCUCCAUCUUCAGCGUGCCCCGAGACAGAUAGCGAAGAUCUUCAAGACGAAUUCGGAAAGGUUGGGGGAGGGGUAUAGACGUGGUGAUGAACGAGCAAAAACGUCACUGAAUCACAUCCUCCUCGUCCUCAACACGGGAAUGACGAAGAUUAUCUCGACUCUGUUGAGAAAGAAUAAUGGUGUCGAUCAUAAUGAUAUGAUCCGCGAACUGAUGAGUCUGUCGGACCGAUCGGCGAGGGACUCUUUGACAGAACUAGAAGGCUUCAGGAUGAGGUUGGAGAGUAUGAGUUCUUUGGCUUUGAGUGGAAGGGGAUACUCAUCGGUGGGACAAGAUGGUGCGGUGGUGCAAGGGCGGCGGAAAAGUAGUCCAGGAUUUGACCUUCAGGGGAAGAGUGGAGGACAAGCGAACAGACAGAAAGGGAGCUCUACAAGACAGCUUGCAAAUACGAGGGCAGCGGCACAAGGACAGAACGCGAAGAAGACAUUGAACAAUGCUACAGCCACCAAGACGAAACGGUCGACGAAUCCGAAGAGAGUGAAGGAGCCGCAAGAAAUCCAUCCGGUAUGGAUUCGGUCAAAGAACUCUUCUACUACCACCAUUCAUCUGAGACGGGUGAACAAACGCCCAAAACCUGCAGAAGAUGACGAUAAGCCUAGAUCGAGGUCACAGCCUCCUCGCGGCGCAACGGUAGCCGUAAGCUCUAUACCAACACAACACCGAGUUCCCGAAGUUCAGCAGCCAGUCUCUCGCAUCAGCGGAGCAGAAACAUUACUAGACAGAAGAAUAUCAAUGUUAUCACAUAGUUCCGGAAGCACAAAACUAGGGGAGAUUCCGCAGCACAAAUGGAUAAACCCGUGGGUUCCGCCUGUUGAAGUUGACGAAGAAAGCGGAGAAGAGGAUGGACAUGAGGGCAAUGGUAUUGAGGAUAAUGGCCGGGCAGGAAUACGGUUUUGGAGGAGGUUUGGACGGAAUAGGACAUAA